CACUCCAUUCCUUCAUUCCUUCCGGCUGGUGGUUGUCCCAUUCCCUUCUUUCUCGCCAUUCCUUUUCGAUUUUCUCCUUUGUCUCUUGCUUUCUCUCAUAUACCCCUCUGGCUUUUUAUUUUCUCACGGUGUUCGAUUGCUAUUUAAAUGGGCUCUACCAUCAGCUACCAACCGGCUUCGCCAGACCAUGAACACUACCGAACCAUGGCACGAAAGAGUGCUAUGAUGCGUCAUGAAUGCAGCCAGCAAUCACAAGUAGCCUACUUAUCAGGCAACGGCGCCAGGGCAAAAGAGCUCUCCUUGAAAUCCAAGGAACAUGGACUCGAAAUGGACCGCUACAAUAAUAUGGCUAGAGACAUCGUCUUCAGAGUCAAUAAUUCUUCCCGGCCAUCGAACGAGCUGGACCUGCAUGGUCUUAAGGUCCGAGAGGCAUUGGACAUCACCCGCGAGCGUCUGAACAGGUUCAUCAAGAACAAGGAGCCGAACCUAAUCAUCAUUGUCGGCCGAGGCAAGAAUUCUCUGAACGGUGUCGCGAAAAUCAAGCCAGCGGUCAUCGAGCUUGUGACCCAGUUUCGCAUCAAGGCUACGCCCAACAAACCUAACCAAGGGUGUGUUUAUAUCGAACCCCUGCCUGGCAACGAGGGAUACGACUUUUCCUGGAUCGAUGGAUUCUUCAAGGGAUUUCUCCAGAAACUGUCCGCGCUUUUUUUCGGUUCAUCGAAAUGAGAACUGCCGUGCCUCUUUCAGUCCUCCUCAUCAUGCGGUUGUGAAAUUGAGCAGAGUGGCAAUGCUAUGCUUGUAUAUUAUGUUUUUAGAUACCCGCCUCUGCUUGGUAUCGUUGUAAAAAGAAUCUGCAUUGGAGUAAAUAAAUGAAGGGCCUUCGAUCGUCCUAUUUAUGUGUUACAGAAGCAACUGCGUUUUUUUUUUUGCCAAGGCGAAGCUGCUU